AUGGCGUCCAUAUCGAGUCUUCCAUUUCUUCCAUUCGAGAUCAUAUGCGACAUUGCGGCAUGCCUCCAGGAUGACACUGAUCUGUGCUGGGAUGACGAAUGGAGCUCCAACCAAAGCACACUCGCCGCUCUCUCCAGGGUCUCGAAGACCUUCCAAUACGCGGCCCAGCCUCUUCUAUAUCGCAAGAUCUACAUCGCUAUCCGGGGUCCAGUCAGCCUCAGCAUCCUAUCGUUGAUCGAAACCCUUGCCCAUCGCGAAGACCUCCGUUCCAGAGUGGAAAAGGUCAAGGUGGACUUCUGUGAACCCUUCAUUCCUCCCGAUGAGCUGACCCUGGAAGAUGUCUACGAUCUCGCUCAUUUGGCGAAGGUUGUUGGCCAAUCAUAUCUCGCUGCUACGCUAUUUUCACGCACAACUAAUGCUCGACUGUACGAAACUGGACUGCUUUCACUUCUCCUUUAUCAGCUUCGAGCCACGAAGGAAUUGAUGAUUCGCGCAUAUGACUGUAAUGAUUUUGGAAGAGUCCCAGGCGAAGAACCAGACGCGGGCGAAGACACAGACGAAGACACAGGCGAAGACACAGGCGAAGACACAGGCGAAGACACAGGCGAAGACACAAGCGAAGAAGUAACAGAUGAAGAUGUCGGAGGCGGAGAAGAUGCAGUCGAAGAAGAUACAGUCGAAGAAGACACAGACGACCAAGACGCGGGCGAAGAUGAAGACGCUGAAGAUAUCUUAGAGCAAGUCUCGGACGAAGAUACAGACGACGACACAACGGAGAUUGAAGAUGAAGUCGGAGACGAAGAUGAGGACGAAGUCAGUACAGAUGACGAGUGGGAUGACGAUUUUUGGUUGGCCUGUCUACUACUUUUCCUCCCCAAAUCGCCAUCCUUCGUGUUCGAAAACUUGAUUUACCUUGGUUUGAGAAGGGAGGGAUACAAGAGAUCAACUCAUCUUCUCUUCUGCCUUGACUUGAUCGCUAAUGUGGCCCCGAAUCUCCAAGAAUUCGAAGGCUGUGGACGAAUGAUUUUUUCGCCGGAGUCAUUCAACAAGCUCAACAACAUCAAGCAUUUGUCCAUUUGGGAUGGUUGUUCUCUCAUCGUCUCUCCCCCGGAUGAUGUCGCCUAUCUAUCAAGUCCUUUUCACGCUCUUCGUUCCUUCCAUUACCGCGCGAAAUUCCCUUGGGCGUAUCUUCAGAAGUUCGUUCCCCCUCUCGAGAUUCGUCGGGCGCUUGAGCAGCAUGCCGGUACUUUGGAAGUCUUGUUCCUCGAUUUCAUGUAUUGUGGUUCUACUGCGAGGGAGGACAUGUUCGGCACUUUUGAGAUGUUCAAGAAACUCAAAUGGCUUUCGGUGGACCCAAAAGAUUUUGUCAAGAACGACCAGGACAGCUCAGUCUCGAAGGGAUUCAUCGCUACGCUACCUCGCUCUCUUCAGAGACUAGAGCUCCUGAAACGGGCUACUUCAAGUCUGCACCAGAUUAGUUGGAUUGCCGAGGCCGUGAAAGAAAAGGAUCAUGGGAACCUCGAGGACUUGACUCUCUCCGUUACAAAACACGACUACACCGAGGUUCUCAGCGCCAUGGAAGAGCUUUGGGGGGAGGACGAGUCUCCGAACCCUACCCAUCACAAGAUUCGGGUACACGUCAUCAAAGAGAGAGAAGGGCAAGGACCUCGUUGA